AUGUUACAACUCACCCCCACUCACUAUGCGCAACGAGGACGUUGCGCACCUCGAUCGUCACCCCCUGACGGUGUGAGUCAAGGCCACUUCAACUUGACUCCACACUCUCGUCUGGGUUUGGCUCUGAUACCAAAUUAUAACGCCCCAACCGUCCCUCCCGGUGAGUCACCCACGCCCUCUCUCUGGACCCGCAGGCCCAUCUCGGCCCGUGGGCCUCACCCCUGUCCGACGGCCGGUCCGUUAUUUUCGAGAGGCUCUAAUGAUUUGUUUACUAUCCCUGCAAUCAACACCUGA